AUGGCUGGUUGAAAAAGUGUUUCUUAUUCUAAGGAACGAUAUUAUGAUUAUAAUAUUGCUACAUUUAAACAUGGUUUGGUUUUGAAAUUGCUUAAAUGUGUAAAAUGGUUAUUAUUGUGGUGGUGAACCUCCAAGAUAGAAAUCUGAAGAUUGAGUUGCACUUUUAAAAUGAGUUUCAUUGAGCCAUUGAAAAAACCAGUUACACUACCAGAACCAAUUCCAGAAAAUAUGAUUGAGGAUCGACGGCUGUGGAUAGGAAAUUUGGAUCCUCGAGUUUCCGAGUACCACCUCCUAAAACUUGUGCAAAAGCAUGGCACCAUUGACAAAUUCGACCUGCUCUUUCACCGCUCUGGACCUUCAGCAGGGCAACCACGAGGCUAUGCUUUCGUAACUUAUUCAACUAAAGUUGAUGCAAGGAAGGCAAAAGAUGUUCUUAAUGGAAUGGUGAUGGGACACAAGAGGAUGGUUGUGAGAUGGGCAAAUAGUGUUAGCAAGGAAGAAUUGGUUAAGCCAAAACCUGAGCUGAUAAUACCUGCAUUGGCUGGGGCAAAAACUGAGAAGAAAGUCAGCCGACAGACCACAAUCCAAGCUAUUGAAGCAAAAUUAAAGAUGAUGGAGCACAGUUCAGUUAAUGACUUUGAAGUGAACAAUGCUCCAUCAGGAAGCUUGUUUACUCCUGUCAUCCAGGCUUCAGCAACAAGGUACCGAUCAAGAGGAAGGUAUGAUUCUAGACCAUACAAGAGGCCAUCGAAUCUUCGAAGAUGAUCCUUCAUUUGCUGCAAGUUUUCCUUUGUGAUAACAGCCGUCUUAGGACGGCACGAUGGACUCGAUUUAUAAGGCAGGAGAUAGUUGCAGUAACUUCUCUUGGCCUUCACUUUCAUCUUUAAUCCACCUGAAAGACAAAUUUAC